GGAGCAGCGGGUUUCCUUUCAUUAACGGGGAGCGAACAACGAGUAGGGUCCCAUUUCUCACUGGGGGAAUUCGUAUCAAAAGGGUUUCCUUUCGGGAACUUAAGCAAUAUAUUUUAAUUCAGCCUCAGUAUAGCACGUAACUUUACGGCACUUUAUUUCUGCUGUAAAUAAGUUUGUCUAACCAAGUCUCUUAUUUUAAACAGCCAAACGUGCGAGUCUCUCUCUCACGCACGCGACGUCAAUGAGAGGGGCGGGGCGGUUCAAGUUCCGAGUCCGUUAAAAAUUGAACGUUCCCAUCGGCUUUCCGAUUGGGUAGUUUCUCUGAGGACGUAAUAUCCCUCACACCAAUGAGGAGACUCCGCGCUCGUUUUUUAAAAAAGAACUUCGUGUUGUCACGAUACAAACUGAUCCUUGCGCUUGAUGAACGCGAAGUAGUUCCUAUGGUUUUAUUUUAACUGUUAAAAAAAACUGUUUUUUUUUUAAUUCGUGAGAACUGCUUUUAUCCAGCAGAGAAAAUUUAAAAAGGGUAGGGGUUUUUUUUGUUUUUUUUAAGCGGCCGCUGACUAGACCACAGCUCGGAAAGUUUUAUAUGGCGAAGGGAUACUGAGUGAUAGGCAAGAAAUACUGAGUGAUAGGCACAGGACGUUCUUCCGCGACGUAGACGAAGCGGCGAUUUUGAAUUAGUGAGGCGCGCGGUUGGAAGGUUCGUCAGCGUUGCCUGAAGAAGAAGGAAGGGAAUCCUGCAUGCCCCAAGCUCGGCGGAGUGGGCCGUGAAGUGGCCGCGCGUACAGGUAUAUGUCCAAAUGCAAAGAUGCCACUUUUUGGGAAAAUUGUUGUUAUUAAAAGGAAUGGGACUGAUGGAACUCAUUUCCCACUGACUGUAAAUUCUUGUACAUUUGGAAGAAAAAAAGAAUGUGACAUUCGAAUCCAGUUGCCUCAGGUUUCCAAAGAACACUGUAAAAUUGAAGUCAAUGAGAAUAAGGAGGCUACAUUAACUAACUUAAGUACUGCGAAUCCAACACAGCUGAAUGGGUGUGACUUUCAACAGCCGAUAUACUUAAAACAUGGAGAUGUACUGACUAUCAUCGAUCGUUCUUUUAGGUUUGAAUAUCCACCUGUGCCACUUACAAGGAAAAAGAUUUCCAGAUCUGAAGAAAAGGAGACUUUGCAGGUUCUUCAUGUUCAGCAGGUGGAACAAGAGAAGCUCCAUCAAAAUUCAGAAUGUAAAAGUCUUCAAAUUUUUGAUGAGAAACUUAACUGGGAAGGUCAGAAAACCAACGGGAAUGAUCAAAGAACUCAAGAUACUACCAGACAAAAUGAGUCUGCAUCUAAAACACGUAGAUCUGGCAAAAAAAGUAUGUCUCCUUUUGGCACACUUUAUGAAUUUAUGAAACAUGAAGUUGAUACAAAACAAACAGAAGAAAGCUUCAGCAAUAAGAUCUCCAUACAGCAAAAAGUAGAAUAUUCACAAGGAAAGGACAGCAUUGAUAUUAUUACAUCUCAGACUCCACACAGGAUAUCUACACCUGGUCAAACAAUGCAGACUGAAGAAACUGAAAAAGUAGCUUUGGAGAACGUUGAACAGCUUACAGGCACUGAAAAUCAAGAAAUAAGCAUGAUAGUAUCUAAUCCAAUCUGUAGUGAAGGGAACACUUCCAGAACAUCUUCUAGAGUUCUUCAAACCUAUGCUGCAAAUGAGAGACCAAGAGAAGAGAGAAAUCGCUUACAUUUUCAGAAUGUUAAAGAAAAUGAAGAUUCUGAAGUAACUAAAAGUAAUGAAAAUGGUGCAAACAAAAGAAGUUCAGGAUGCUUAUCUGCAUCAUUUAACAUUGUCGCCUUGGAAUAUACAGAAAAAGCAAGCUGUUAUGAAAGAUCAAUAAAUCCACCAGCACAGAGAGCCAGUGUAGAAAUAAAAACUAAUCUAAAUACUUCUGGCUCUGUAAAAAGUGUUUUACUCAGGUCAAAAGCUGGGGGGGAGAGUCUUGAAACUUGUUCUAGUCCAUCUUCAAGACAAACCAGUGGUAUGCUACAAACUGAAUCAGAUCCUUUCUUAGGUCUGAAGAGCACGUUAAAAAAUUCUACUGAAAUUGAGGACAUAAUUCCUGUAAUGACUAAAGAAGAAGAAUCUGGUGUCCUGAAAGAAAAUAAAUCUUUGAAAACAAGCAGGAAUAAUAAAUUGUUGGAAACAGAACAGCCUUUAGAUGCACAAAUUCUGGAAGAAACAAAAAUGAACAGUGAUCCACUACAAGACGGACAUUAUGAAACAAUUGCCUGCUUAGUUCACCGUAAUGACAGUAAAAGCCCAAGACGGAGUUCUAGACGAAGACAUUUUUCAAAUGCAGGUUCCAUAAUCAUGGAAGAAUCAUUAGAAACAGCUCAAGAUGUGUCACCUUUUAAAGGGGUAUCUGAAGAAAACAUGGUGAAAUAUUGGCCCCAGGAGAAUGAUGGUUACAUUGAGGAAAGGCCAACCACAAAAAGCCUUGAGAAUAAUUUUGUAAUGAAAAAUAUAGCAGAAUCUUCCUGUUUAUCUAAAAGCUGUGUCCAAAUGCUAGCUGAAGAUGUUCAGGAAAUGAACACGUCAAACCAGUAUAGUAUAAAGAAAGAGCCAGCUGUCCAGAAAUCACCUAAAAAACGUAAAGGUGGAGAACUUGACUUAUCGGUUCAACCUUUUGGAAAAAGAAAGAGAGUAUCCUUUGGUGGUCAGUUGAGUCCUGAAUUGUUUGAUAAGCGUUUACCUCCAAACUCACCGCUUAAAAAAGGUGCAAUUCCAGCAAGAUUUAGUUUGCCAUUUGGAAACUCACCUCGAGCAGUUUUGAAAAAAGCUUCAGAAUCUAAACAAUGUGUAAUCAAGAGUUUCUCUGGAAAAGAUCAGCAGGAGAGUACACUGUCAAGAAAGGAGUUCUCAGCAGCCUCACCCAUGGCUCGCAAAUCCCUAACAAUGUUUUCUUGUAACCUGCCCUAUGUGAGAGGGCGGUUCUCUGUUUCUCAUGUUGAUGUCCCUUCUCCUAGUUCAGUAGAACAGAAUAUUCCUGCAAGAGAAAUGGAUGUAAAUAAAGAAGUAAAAACACCUGAAACUUCUCACCAAGAAUCCCAAACUACUCAGUCAGUACGGAGAAGCAACAAGUUUGUUUCAAAGAGAACUUCCUUGCAUAGGAGGAGUAGCACUAUGGAUGCUGUUCGUGCUAAAAGACAAAGUGGUGCAUCUGAAGCCAAUUUGAUAGUUUCAAGGUCUUGGGCUGAAGUAGUGAAACAAGGUGUUCCAAAAUCACAACAAAGAAGUACUCCUAAACGAGGCCUUAAAAGAAGACCAGUCAAGAAAAUUCCUAUAAAAGCACCAAAGAGCAAUGUUUCUUUAAAAACACCAACAAGAAAAGUCAAGGGUUACGUCACUACAGGCCAUGCAAAUUCUCCUGCUCCAAUUGUUAUUGGAAAAGCUCAUGCUAGCAUAGUAAAGAUAACUGCGCAAGUCCCUAAAGUGAUGUUCAACUAUACUUUGAAGCGACAGCAAGACACAAAUGAAGAUUUUACAGGGAUGACUGAGAUGUUCCACACUCCACCGAACUGGAAGCAAGGAAGCCCUUUAUCUUCUGUGCAGAAGUCUAAUGGGUCAACUCCAGAAGUAUCAGAAAUUCACACUCCAGAGGAAUCUGGGGAAAUGACAAUGUCUCCUUUAAAUCUAUCAGUCCAGAAAAUUUAUGACAAUCAAGAUGUUGAAUCCCCCAUCCUGAAAAAAGUAUCUCAGAUUUCUGCUGUUGGUGGUCGAUAUGAAUUGAAGGUUCCCAGAAGAGGGAAUUCCGCAUCAGAUGAGACUGUAGGGGAAAAUAGUUCACUGGUAACAGGUGAAAUUGGGGGAAUGGAAAAAAUAAUAAACGAUCCGAAAACAAAAUCAGAUUGCAUCAAGACACAUUCAGGAACCAAGAGGCUUAUGAGGACUCCCAAUAAAGAACCAGAGCUGGCAGUGGCUGAGGCCCUUUCAGGAGUCAAGAAGCUGCUCAGGACCCCCAAGCAAAAGCCAGAGCCAGUUGAAGCUCUUUCAGGAGUCAAGAGGUUGCUCAAGACCCCCAAGCAAAAGCCAGAGCCAGUUGAAGCUCUUUCAGGAGUCAAGAGGCUGCUCAAGACCCCCAAGCAAAAGCCAGAGCCAGUUGAAGCUCUUUCAGGAGUCAAGAGGUUGCUCAAGACCCCCAAGCAAAAGCCAGAGCCAGUUGAAGCUCUCUCAGGAGUCAAGAGGCUGCUCAAGACCCCCAAGCAAAAGCCAGAGCCAGUUGAAGCUCUUUCAGGAGUCAAGAGGUUGCUCAAGACCCCCAAGCAAAAGCCAGAGCCAGUUGAAGCUCUCUCAGGAGUCAAGAGGCUGCUCAAGACCCCCAAGCAAAAGCCAGAGCCAGUUGAAGCUCUUUCAGGAGUAAAGAGGUUGCUCAGGACUCCCAAGCAAAAGCCAGAGCCAGUUGAUGCUCUUUCAGGAGUCAAGAGGCUGCUCAAGAACCCCAAGCAAGACCCAAAAUUGGUUGACGUAUUUUCAGGAGUCAAGAACCCACUCAGGACCCCCAAGCAAGAUCCAGAGCCAGUUGAGACCCUUUCAGGAGUCAAGAGCCUACUCAGGAACUCUGGGCAAAAUCCAGAGUCAGUUGAGGCUAUUUCUGCAGUCAAGAGCCCACUCAGGACCCCCAAGCAAAAUCCAGAGCCAGUCAAGGCCCUUUCAGGGGUCAAGAGCCCAUUCAGGACCCCCAAGCAAGAUCCAGAGCCAGUUGAGACCCUUUCAGGAGUCAAGAGCCUACUCAGGAACUCCGAGCAAAAUCCAGAGUCAGUUGAGGCUAUUUCUGGAGUCAAGAGCCCACUCAGGACCCCCAAGCAAAAUCCAGAGCCAGUCGAGGCCCUUUCAGGAGUCAAGAGUCCACUCAGGAACCCCGACCAAAAGCCAGAGUCAGUUGAGGCUAUUUCUGGAGUCAAGAACCCACUUGGGGCACCCAAGCAAAGCCCAGUCCCAGUUGAGGUCCUUUCUGGAGUCAAAAGGCUGCUCAGGACCCCCAAGCAAAACCCAGAGCCAGUUGAGUUCCUUUCUGGGGUCAAGAGGCUGCUCAGGACCCCUAAGCAAAACCCAGAACUGGUCAAUGCUCUUUCAGGAGUCAAAAAACUGUUCAGGACCCCCAAGCAAAAUCCAGAGCCAGUCAAGGCCCUUUCAGGGGUCAAGAGCCCACUCAGGACCCCCAAGCAAGACCCAGAGCCAGUCAAGGCCCUUUCAGGAGUCAAGAGCCUACUCAGGAACUCCGAGCAAAAUCCAGAGUCAGUUGAGGCUAUUUCUGGAGUCAAGAGUCCAGGCAGGAACCCCGACCAAAAGCCAGAGUCAGUUGAGGCUAUUUCUGGAGUCAAGAUCCCACUCGGGACCCCCAAGCAAAGCCCAGUCCCAGUUGAGGUCCUUUCUGGGGUCAAGAGGCUGCUCAGGACCCCUAAGCAAAACCCAGAACUGGUCAAUGCUCUUUCAGGAGUCAAAAAACUGCUCAGGACCCCUAAGCCAGAGCCAGUUGAGACCCUUUCUGGAGUCAAGAGGCUUCUUAGGGCACCUAAUCACAAAGCAGAGCCUGUCAAAGAUGGCGUUUGCUCCAAACUUUUGAAUAGUGCAGGAUUGUUUAGUCUUAAUAAUGUUACAAAAGACCAAAAGGAAGUAAUAGGGUUUGUGGAAGGUAUCGAAGGAAUUCAAAGUCUAUUGAGGACACCUAAGCAAAAAUUUGAACCAGUGGAAGAUAUGAUUGGUAUUUCCAGGAUACUGAAGACACCAAAGCAAAAGUUUAUGCCAGUUGAUGACUAUUUGGGAUUGCAAAAACUUAUGGCUGAACCUAAGCAAAAUUCUCUCAGUGCUGAAAUAGACUACACAGGAGUUAAAGAACUAUUGGGACCUGAAGAUGGAUAUCUGGUCAAAUUAUCAGAAGCUGUGAAUAAGCCACAUGAGAUUUCCAGUGAUGAAUUUGAGUGCAAAGAAGAUGGUCCUGAAAGAGAAGAGUCUUGGCAAGAAACAGGACUGGAAGAUUCAUUUGAAAAAAAAUCUCCAAAUGCAAUGCCAAGGAGGCCUGAUGAUGGUCAUGAUUACUUGGGACACACUUCAUGUAGCUCACUUAGUGACGUAAAAGGGGGACAUGUAGAAAGCAUUGCAACAGUUCAGCUUGUAUCAGAAAAAUACAACUCAGAUGGAAUGGAUUUCCAAAGUGGAGCUGUUGUUGAUUUUUUUGAAUCAUCUGCACAGCAGGGAGAUCCAGUGAAAAUAAAUGCAGAAAUACCAGAACCAUUGGCUUCAGUUAAAAAACCUAGAAAAGAGAAAGCUGGUGAAUCCAGUUUUACAGAAGAACAUGAUACAACUAAGAUACCAAGGAAAACAAGAAACACCAGCAGAGCCAAGUUAGCUAACCGUAUGCAAACUGAUGAAAACUUUGAUAAGGUUCCUGAAACUAGUCAACCGAAAGAAUCAGAAAGUGACCUCUCAGCACUUAAAAAUGAGAUAACAGAAGAAUUAAGGAAAAAAUCUAUGGAAAAAGAUGGUAAUAUGGCCUUCAAUAACAUAAAACAUGCUCAGGAACUAUUGGGACUUCCAAAACAAAUGUCAGUUGAAACACAGCCAUCUGUUAACGGGAGAAGGGUGGUGGAUAAACUAAGUAGGCAAGCUGAAGAAAGCUUGCAUUUAGAAGAAAAUGCAACAAACCAAGAAUAUACAAAUCAGUUCAUUUCAAAAACAUCUCUGAGAUCCAGAAAUCAGAAAAACAAAGAUGAACCAAAGUCUGAAUUUACAAAACCAAAUCCCCAAGAAAAAAUGCAAAGCUUAAACCUUGAAACUUCAAAGAGAAACUCUGGAAAUCAGCAACUUAAAAGAAAUACAAGGCGGAGAAAAGCUACGGCAGUAGAAACAGAAGUGGAAGCAGUUGAGAGUGAAAAACACAUGUUGCCUAAAAUUUGUGAACUGGAAACUCUGGAGAAUCAUCCAACAGAAAUGAAGGAUGGUGCAGUGAAGAGGAGAAAGGUUUGUUUUCUGCUUGAGAGUGGUACUUCUGAAACUCUUGAAGAGAAAUGUGUGUUUGGUGGCAAGGGUGGUACGCAACAAAAACAAUACAAUGCAUUUUCUGAAAGAAACACUUCCCCUGUAAAAGAGAAUACAUCACAAAAGAACAAAAAGAAAGCAGCUCCUGUUGUAUCACCAGCACUUUGCAUCUCGUUUUCUUCAGAGAAGCAGGCAUUAGCAGAGAUCUCUAAAGAGAGGGGAAACUUUACUCUGGAAAACAAGGACCCAGCCAGUUUUGCUCAAGGAGAGUGUUUACAAAAAAUUAACUUUGAUGAGAAUUUGAAUGAAACCCAAGUGAUAGCCUGGGAAAAUAUGCAACUAUCUGUUGAGCAUAGUGCACUAAAAAGACAAAAGGUAGCAGUAGCAAAGAAGAACCCACCUAGGAGAGGUAGAAGCAGAACAACUUCUCCUGAGCCACCCACUGAGAAUGGAAGUAAAGUGAUUCAUAAAAUUGAAAAGCAGCCUAUGAGUGUUGAAAAUGCUAAUUUUUCAAAGGAAAACCAACCAAAAAGAGGUAGAGGGAGAAAGAUUGCCCCUGUAUCCCAAACACUGGGAACACUUACUGCUCCUGAAGAGGACUUAUCAACUGACAGCUCUGUUUUUGUUCAAGGAGAGUGUUUGCAAGGCACUCAGAAUGAAAAUAAGUUUCACGAAGUCCACAAAGCAUGCUUGGACAAUACUCAGGCUGUUGUAGAACACAUUCUACCAAAGAGACAAGAGGUAGCAAGAGGGAAUUUGCUUCAUAAUAGCAGAAGUAAGCAAGGAGUUUCACAUGAACCAGCCAUGGAAAAUGAUAGAAAGAAUCCUGAUGUUGAAAACCAAGAUAUGGUUGCUGAAAAUGCUUUUACUGAAAAAGAGAAUCAACCAAAAAGGGGUAGAAGGAGAAAGUUUGCCUCUGUGACCCAGACCCAGGAAAACCUUACUGUUCCUGAAGAGGACACAUCAACUAGUAGACUCAGUUAUGCUCAAGAAAAGGGUUUGCAAGAUAUUCAGAAUGAAGGGAGUUCUACUGAAACCCAGAAGGUAGUCUUGGACAAUACUGAGUCUUCUGUAGAACACAUUCUACCAAAAAGGCAAAAGAUGGCAAGGGGGAAUCUGCCUCAGAGAGGUAGAAGAAAGCAAGCAGUUUCUGAUGAACGACCCACAGUAAAGGAUAAUAAAAACACACCUGAUGUCAUAAACCAAGAUAAGGUUGUUGAAGAUACUUUUACUGUAAAAGAGAAUCAGCCGAAAAGGGGCAGAGGGAGAAAAGCUGCUGUGCCCCAAAUACUUGAAAGUGACAAUUUCCCACUAUCAAGCAAAAACAAAAAUGGAGCAGAAGAGCAAGCUGGAGCUUUAAAAAUGGCAACUACUUUGAGUAAGAAUCUUAAAGAGGACACAUCAAUUGGUAGGUUCAGUUUUACUCAAGAAAAGUGUUUACAAGACACUCAAAAUGAAGAGCAUUCUAAUGAAACCCAAAAGGUAGUCUUGGGCAAUAUUGAGUCCUCUGUAGAACACAUUCUACCAAAAAGGCAAAAGGUGGCAAGAGGGAAUCUGCCUCAGAGAGGCAGAAGAAAGCAAGUAGUUUUUGAUGAACGACCCACAGAAAAGGAUAAUAAAGACACACCUGAUGUCGUAAACCAAGAUAAGGUUGUUGAAGAUACUUUUACUGUAAAAGAGAAUCAGCCAAAAAGGGGUAGAGGGAGAAAAGCUGCUGUGCCCCAAAUACUUGAAAGUGACAAUUUCCCACUAUCAAGCAAAAACAAAAGUGGAACAGAAGAGCAAGCUGGAGCUUUAGAAAUGACAACUACUUUGAGUAAGAAUGUUAAAGAGGACACAUCAAUUGGUAGGUUCAGUUUUGCUCAAGAAAAGUGUUUGCAAGUUACUCAAAAUGAAGAGCAUUCUAAUGAAACCCAAAAGAUAGUCUUGGGCAAUAUUGAGUCUUCUGUAGAACACAUUCUACCAAAAAGACAAGUGUCAAGAAGAAAUCUGCCUCAGAGAGGCAGAAGAAAGCAAGUAGUUUUUGAUGAACGACCCACAGAAAAGGAUAAUAAAGACACACCUGAUGUCAUAAACCAGGAUAUGGUUGUUGAAAAUGCUUUUACUGUAAAAGAGAAUUUGCCGAAAAGAGGUAGAGGGAGAAAAGUUGCCGCUGUACCCCAGGUACUUGAAAAUGACCAUUUCCCACUAUCAAGCAAAGACAAAAGUGGAGUAGAAGAACAAGCUGAAGCUUUGGAAAUGACAAUUACUGCAAAUAGUUCAUCCCAUAGGGGCAGAUGCAAAAAAAGCUCAGUUCCUGCUGGUAAAAAACCUAGCAUGGUUGAUAAUGUUAACCAGAAAGAAAUGGCUAGUGAGUUAAAAGAUGUGACAAAAGAAAAUGUAUCCAAAAAACUACCUGUUCAUGAAGCCUCAACAGAAACAAAUAUCCAACAAAGAGCUACUGGUAGCAAGUUAACACAUGUAAAAUGCAAAAAGGUGUCUGCAGAUUCUCUCUUUGAAAACCAGUCAAAGAGGAGUCGAGGGAAAAAUAUUGUUCUGGCAUUCCAAACACCUACCUCUCCUGCCCUCAAAAUAAGCAUCACUUUGCCGUCAUCAGACAAAAAUGAAACUGCCAGGGAAAAUCAAAACUUAUAUACAGAAAAUAAUGCUACUGGAAAAGAAAAUUUAUCAGUAAAUGGCAGAAGAAAUAAGAAAAUAGUGCCUCGUUCCACAUCUGCCAGAAGAAAAUGCAAGCUUCCUGAAGAGAAGGAUGAGUGUCAGGAUAAACCAAAUGUAGAUAUGGAAAAGACAGGUAUAUCAAAUGACAAACAGAAGAGAACAGUGAGAAAAGUUGGUGCCUCUAAAACAACCUUUUCUGAAGAAAAAUGUGGAUUGCCUGAAAGCAGUGAUGGUAUUCUUAAGGAUCAACAAGUGAUUAUGGCAAAUACGAUUUCUGAGAUGGAAGAUGCCUCACAGGGUAGGAGAAAGCGAGUUCUUAAGGGAAAGAACUUACUAAAACACAGUGACCAAAACAACAGUAACCAAAAGAAUGAUCUAGAAAUCACACUUCCUCAGGGAAAAGAAAAUUCAUCUAAACGAGGAAGAAGGGACCGAGUCAGCACUGAAGCACACAGAACUAUAUCUGGCAUGAAGCAAUGCCCCUAUGCAGAAAAGAUGACAUCAGCGCCUGAAGCAGAGAAUAGUGGAAGUACAUUACAGAGAGGAGGAAGAAGAAAGAAAAUGAAAGAAGAGCAUAUCUUAGCUACCACUGAGUCUGCUAUAGAAACUCAAACCAAGAUGAAGGCAAAUAGAAGAACAAGAAAACGAGUAUUGUAAUCUUUGAUAGUGGGCUCUGUAAUUUUUCUUCAGAGUAAAUGGAUGCACUUCCAAGAUUGUUUAAUGCACAGUUGUAAAGUAUAAUCUGGAUUUAGAUGAAUACAUUCUACUUUGCAGAACAUACUUCUUGCUAGUAGUUGACAUUGAAAUUGUCAUGCAAAGCUGUGUAAAUUAAUUCUUAAAUAUUUUGUAGGAAAUAAGCAGCAGGGAUAAGGGAAUUGUCUUAAAUUUAGAUUUUCUUUUAAAUAUAAAAUGUUGUUAAAGUUCUAUAUUUGUUUAAAAUUAAACCUUUUAGUAAUAA